CUUGGAAACUGAGAGCAGAGGUUUGACACCCCCCCGCACACACCCCGCAACCCCUGCACAUAAAGGAGGCAUCUGUAUUUUUGGUAACCAGCACUGACUUUGUUGUUGCAACUUGAGACAUGGAUGUUCUCCCAAUGUGCAGCAUCUUCCAGGAACUCCAGAUUGUGCACGACACGGGUUACUUCUCAGCCUUGCCGUCCCUGGAGGAAUAUUGGCAACAGACAUGUUUGGAGCUGGAACGGUAUCUUCAAAGUGAACCCUGUUAUGUUUCUGCAUCUGAAAUCAAAUUUGAUAGCCAAGAGGAUCUCUGGACCAAAAUUAUUCUGGCACGUGAGAAAAAGGAGGAAUCUGAACUGAAGAACACGUGUGUCCCAAAAGAGGACAAUCUUACUAGUCAGAACUUAGAGACCAACAGUUUGAAUUCUGACGUGAGCAGCGAAUCUUCAGACAGCUCUGAGGAGCUCUCGCCCACGACAAAGUUUACCUCUGACCCUAUAAGCGAUGUUUUAGCCAGUUCAGGAAACUUGAGUUCGUCUGUCACUUCCACUCCCCCUUCGUCUCCUGAGCUGAGCAAGGAGCCUUCUUCCCAGCUGUGGAAUUGUACGCCGGGUGAGUUGCAUUCACCGGGGAAAAUUCGUACCGGUACCGCUGGAAAGACUGCAGAAAAAGGUACACCCGCCAAUGGUGACACCUCGCCAGAUGGCAGAAGGCGUGUUCACAGGUGUCAUUUUAACGGUUGCAGGAAAGUUUACACCAAAAGUUCACAUCUGAAAGCACAUCAGCGCACUCAUACAGGGGAAAAGCCUUACAGAUGUUCAUGGGAAGGGUGUGAGUGGCGUUUUGCAAGAAGUGAUGAAUUAACCAGACACUUCAGAAAGCACACUGGUGCCAAGCCUUUUAAAUGUAGUCACUGUGACAGGUGUUUUUCCAGGUCUGACCACCUGGCCCUUCACAUGAAGAGACACCUCUGAAUGGGUCAAGAGGUGAAUCCUGCGGGCUAAGAGGCGUCAAGGUUGAAGAGCCUUGAGCGGAGGGAUGCGUGUUCCAGCCAAAGCAUGCCAUUUUGCACCCUACCCAGUUGCCUCCAGGACCUCACUUCCUUGAAGGUCUUUUGAGGGCUAAUAAGUCAUGUAAGAAACGGCAUAGCAACCGUGGUGCGUGAUGUUUGGGGUUUCCUGGACUCAUACACUGGUAUCUAACCUUCUGAGUGGCUCCUAAGCCUUUGCCGUGAGCAUGUGCACUGAGAAUGUUAAUGAUUGGGCGACUGUAUGCGAUGAGGAUCUCUUGAUGACUGUAUGCUGAGGCACAUUUUUUUUCUUGUGGUUGUUUUAUAACUGUAAGAGAAAAAAAAUAGUCUGAAUGUCUUGUAUGUGAGGAAUAUCUCAUGAGAUGGGACGACCACCAAUCAUUUCC